AUGAAGAAUCAUAGCUCUGCGGAAUGCAGGUAUAAAAACGCUAAGUGCUUCAAAUGUAAUGAAAUUGGUCAUCUAAAGUCGCAAUGUAGGAACAAACAGGGGCAAGGCCGAGGUAAUGACAACGUAAGGAAGGAAAACAAAGCCACGAAGGGCAAACAACCUGUACGCUUCGUAGAAGAGAGCGUUAACCAAGACGACGACUACGAGACGCCGAGCGAAGUGGAAGAGAGUGAGUCGGAUACAGAUCCGUACGACCCAGUAAAUGCAGUAGAGAUCAACGAGGACGUGAAGAAGAAGAUUAAGGUAGAUCAUCAAGAAUUUACRGGAACGAUCAAGAUACCGAUCUUAAUGGAAGGAUCAAAGGUAGAAAUGGAGCUAGAUACCGGAGCAGCAGUUUCCAUCAUGACAAUGAAGGAUUACGAGAAAUACCUUCGACAUAUUCYGCUGAAGAAGACAACGCGAAGCCUUCGCGGAUAUGCGGGAACACCCUUGAAGACAGCAGGAGAGAUUCUGGUAGAUGUCGAAUACCAGGGACAGUCUGCAGCUUUACCGAUAGUCAUUGUUGAGGMAGACAAGUAUGCUCCACCCCUGCWGGGACGAUCCUGGCUCAGAGCCAUCAAGCUGGACUGGCAGAACUUGUUCACGCAAGUGCAUUACCACUCGAGGUCGGAACCAGUUGAGGAGCUGAAAUCGAGGUACGCAGAUAUCUUCAAACCAGAACUAGGAACUAUACAAGGAACGAAGGCAACCUUGCAUGUAAAACCCGAUGUUGCACCAAUUCACCUGAAGGCACGCCCGGUGCCAUUCUCUCUUAGACCAGCAGUCGAGAAGGAAAUCGACAGGAUGAAGCAAGAAGGAAUCAUAGAAGCUGUAGAAUUCAGUGAGUGGUCAACUCCUUUAGUGGUUGUACCCAAGACCGACGGAACGGUACGUCUAUGUGGGGACUACAAAUGCACCGUGAAUCAAGCAAUUCAUACAGAACAAUACCCGAUACCAACACCGGAAGAACUCCAGACCAAGAUGGCAGGCGGAAAGCAGUUCUCGAAGAUUGACCUGAAGUGUGCGUAUCAACAGAUGCUACUCGACGUGGAGUCCCAGAACUUAGUCACAAUAAACACGCCUAAGGGACUAUUCAG